UGAAUAUUUACCAUGGCAUAUCCCUUGAUUGUGAAAUUCUAGUAUUAGAUGAUGAUAAUAACGAUGAUGUUAGGAACAAAGUUCAGUCUUUUCUUGAAAAGUUUGCCUCCCACUUCAAUUCAUCCUCUUGUUUCUUUUUCUCCUUUACCCAUCUUUUCUAUCUCCUCCCAACAUCGAUUUUGUUCAUCAGAACGAAGAAAGCUAAGACUGCAAGUGAGAAAUUGUGUUCCUAGCAUUGAGCAACAGUUAAUUAUGGCGUUGGAGAGCAAGGAAGAAGAUUCAUGUGAAGUGAAUAGGAAUCUGUAUCCUCCAAUUGAGCCUUAUAGUUCUGGGUUCUUGAAGGUUUCAGAUAUUCACACCCUUUAUUGGGAGCAAUCUGGGAAUCCAAAUGGGCAUCCAGUUGUCUUUCUUCAUGGUGGUCCAGGUGGUGGAACUUCUCCAAGUAAUAGAAAGUUUUUUGAUCCUGAGUUUUACAGAAUUAUCCUCUUUGAUCAGAGAGGUGCUGGCAAGAGCACACCUCAUGCUUGUUUGGAGGAAAAUACAACAUGGGAUCUCAUAGCAGACAUAGAAAAGCUUCGAGAGCACUUGGAAGUUCCUGAAUGGCAGGUUGGUUUACUUAUUUGGUUGAAAUUCGCUAUUUCUUGGUCUAACUAUGUAUGGUUGUAUUUUUCCCUUGUGCAGGUCUUUGGUGGCUCAUGGGGAAGUACUCUGGCUCUUGCAUACAGUCAGGCUCAUCCCGACAAGGUCACUGGCCUGGUCCUUAGAGGGAUCUUUCUCUUACGCAAAAAAGAGAUUGAUUGGUUCUAUGAAGGGGGUGCUGCUACUAUAUUUCCUGAUGCUUGGGAACAAUUCAGAGAUCUUAUUCCUGAAAGUGAAAGGGGAUGUUUUGUCGAUGCUUACCACAAGAGGUUAAAUUCAGAUGAUAAGGAAACACAGCUGGCUGCUGCAAAAGCAUGGACCACAUUGGAGAUGAUGACAGCCCAUCUUAUUCCUAAUGAAGAUAACAUCAAGCGAGGGGAUGAUGAUGAAUUUUCACUGAUAAGUUUGUGAUGGUCGUACCUAAAAGCUCUGUGUAUUAGCUUUUUUUUGUUGGCAUAUAAACUUAUUCUAGCUUUCCUUUUUGUACAUUUGGGGUUGAGGAAGGCGUCUGCUACUGAUGUCUGUAUUCCUCAAGGAAAAUUUGUGAAUAUAUAUAUACUUUGGGCUUUGGAAAGUGACUGUUUUGCAUUGUGUGGUAUAGCUAUUUUAAUUGGUUUUCUUUUUCAGGCAUUUGCUUGUGUGGAAAAUCAUUAUUUUAAGAAUAAAGGUUUCUUUCCUUCUGAUUCAUUCCUGCUUGAUAACAUUGACAAAAUAAGGCACAUUAAGUGUACUAUUGUGCAGGGUAGAUAUGACAUCGUUUGUCCAAUGAUGUCAGCUUGGGAUCUCCACAAAGCUUGGCCAGAAGCUGACUUCAAGGUGGUCCUUAAUGCGGGUCACUCAGCCAAUGAACCAGGAAUUUCUGCUGAACUUGUUGCUGCAAAUGAGAGGCUUGAAAGGAAUUUUCAAGGCAAAUAGUGUAAUCAUGAUUCAUGACUAUGCAAGUAAUAAACUUACUAGAGUUCUAGGAUUUUUGCGCAACGCUUUCAAUGAUAUGAGGAUAACGUGCAUGUUUUGAUGUUGUGCAAGAUAUAUAUCAUUCACAUCUCAAUAGUUGAGACAUGUGGUAAUUUUAUUAA